AUGGAAGCUUAUACUGCUGUAAUUUCUCUUCUUCAAACUCUUGAUCAACCAAAUAUUUCAGAACUCUUUCAUGAUCACAGUACUGAAAUGCUCGAUUCUCUUCGUGCUACAGCUGAAUAUUUUCAAGAUGUUCUUGAAAACACUAGCAAUGAGAAAAUCAAAUCUUUGGAGGAAGAUAUUAGAGUUGUUGUUAGUGAGGCAGAGGAUGUUGUUGAAAUGAAGAUCUCUGAAAUCAUCAAAGGCGAAAGAUGGACAUUUGGAAUUUUACAACACCAUGAUAAGCUACCAGUUGUUGAAAAAAUGGAUACCACAAAGAAACAAGUGAUGGAGAUUCUUUCUCAUGAUGCUGAUCAAAUUCUUGAAUUAACUGCGGAUUCCUUGAUUGGUGCUUCUUCUAUGAGUGAUCCAAUGCUGUCAGAUCACUUGAAAGAUGAUAUCGUGCAGGGACUUGAUGGUGACUUGGACAUAAUAGAUAAAAGAUUGAGAGGAUCAACGUCGUAUCUAGACAUUGUCACCAUAUCAGGUAUGGGUGGCAUUGGCAAAACAACACUCGCUAAAAAACUUAUGAUCAUCUUCCAAUCAGGUAUCACUUUGACAUUUUUGUUUGGGUUACAAUAUCUCAAGAAUUUCGAUAUAGAAAUGGGUCCUAGAUACCUUGUUGUUGUUGAUGAUAUUUGGAGUACGGAUGCUUGGGAUAGCAUAUCACAAAUAUUUCCUAAUCGCAACAAUGGGAGUCGAGUCUUAUUGACUACUAGGGAAACUGAUGUAGCAAUAUAUGCAAAUACUAGUAGCCCUCAUAAGAUGAACCUCUUGGAUUUAGAUAACAGUUGGAAGUUACUUCGUGAUAAAGUAUUUGGACUAGAACACGAUCAUCCUCCCGAGUUGAAAGAAAUUGGAAAAAAAAUAGCAGAAAAAUGUCAAGGACUUCCCUUAAUAAUUUCAGUGAUUGCAGGGCAUCUCUCUAAAACGAUGCCCAAAACAUUAGAAAGUUGGAAGUAUGUUGCCAAAACCUUAAGUGAAAUCAUUGCUAGUCAUUCAAAUAAAUGCUUAGGAGUGCUCGGUUUGAGUUACCAUCACUUGCCUAAUCGACUCAAACCGUGCUUUCUUUCUAUGGGUGAUUUCCCAGAGGAUUUUCAAGUUGAUACUUGGAGAUUGAUCCAAUUAUGGAUCGCAGAAGGUUUCAUAAGGACGUCUUCCGGAAGUCGUGAAAGCUUGGAGGAAGUGGCUGAACAUUAUUUGGAGGAUCUUAUCAGCAGGAACUUGAUAAUGGCUAGAAAAAAAAGAUUCAAUGGUGAGGUAAAAGUAUGCGGAAUACAUGAUCUGCUGCGUGAGUUCUGUUUGAUAGAAGCUGAAAUGACAAAGUUUAUGCAUGUUGUGAGAACUCCAUUGUCACCAGCACAAAAGCCUAAUUUUCGUCGCUUCA